UGAGGAGACCUGUUACUAUAGAUCUUGUAGGGGACGAGCACACGUCUCGUCUCUGUCGGGGCUGGGUCUGUUCUGCCCUUCCAGUGCCUUUCCCGCUCAUUCCCGGCCUAGGGGCGGCGUGGGUAUUGUAACGAAUCCCACAUGUUUGUUUGUGCUCUGAGGGUGAGGUCACAGUGCCACCUGACAGAUGCGGUCACGAUACCUCACUUACGGUAAACAUUAUCACAAACUUAUGCUAUUGCUACACCUCACGGACGAAGCCAACAUACAACCCAUACCUACCGUGAUACAUACUAAAGUUUGACGGCGAUCGAGGUACAGAAGAUACGAAAAAAUGGGCGAUCGUCUCUCUAUCGGGGUUGGGGUGGCACUUGCUGGCUCAGGCCUAUGGUCAUAGGGAGGGUCGGCUGUGUGCUUUCUACUACCAUCAUCAGUGUUCCCUCUAUUCCUCUCUUCGCCGUUAUACAGUCAAACUGACUGUUACAGUAUAUUUUAGAUCGUACAGGAACAUGUAGCAAAAAUAUGUGCGAGUUGGCAACACUUUCCGCCUGGCGCCUGGCCGCGGGCGGGGCCUUGCUCCCCGCCCCCCUGCUCGCUCCUCCCAGUCUUCCAGAGGCCCACAGACCCCGGGGGAAGCUUCCAGCACAACAAUACGAAAGAAAAAAAGGAAGAGGAGGAAGUAGUGACGUCACUCCACUGGACCCAUCCAUAGGCAAGUGUUCCAGGAGGCAAGAAGGAGUGAGUCUACACCAUGGAACCUUGACAGACCUCCUCCUCCUGCCUUCAAGUCUGGCCAAGAUGUGUGAAGAAGAAGAAGAGGAAGAAGAAGAAGACUCCGCUCACAGGGAAGAUAUUCUGUGUCCCCGCUUGACCUCAUUGGAGUAGAUAAGAUGAAGAAGAAGAGGAGGAGGAGGAACAGGACAUUCAGCAUUCCAAAGAUCCAGCACAGCCUCGGCCCUGAUGAAAGCGCUGUAGUGAAGUCAGCGUUCCGCAUUGAUCCCCACACUGGGACGCUGACCCUGGCCGCCCCGCUGGACCGCGAGACCAUGGCCCAGUACUCCUUCACUGUCACGGACCCCAAGCCUCCGUUCACCAGCACCAGAGUCACUGUACUGGUCCAGGACUACAAUGACAACCCUCUGGUGUUCGCCAAAGACACUUACGUCACUGCUGUGCCUGAGGACACAGCCGCGGGCACGGCGGUGGUGGCGCUCAGCCUGAUGGACGCUGAUGAGUCUGUGGCCAAACUGGACUUCUUCAUCACUGGUGGCGACCCUGACGGCCAGUUCCUGGUGCGCGCCUCAGGGGAGGUGAGUGUGGGCCCCUGGGGAGGCACAAAAACAAUGGUGGUGCGCUGACAGCAAAACAGUUUGUUCCUUUGGGUCUAUUCUAAAACAUUUUGCCGCCCAAGGUCACAUACUUGCCAAGGCUUUCAUAUGAGUUCAGGGCAUUUCCAGGUGUAGUUUCAUGACCCUGGUGGUAGUUUGAUCCUUUUUCAGUAGCAUGAACACACAAAAAAACACUCAUUGGAACCUAAUUCAUUCAUUCUUUAACCUUUAGGAAUAGUUGGUGUGAGGAGUGAAGGUGUCUUGUACUAGAGGCUUUACCGUGUAGCAGUGACGGGCCAAAUUUGUGCCAUGAUAUAAACCCCCCAAAAUAGAUGAUACAUAAUCUGAUCUCAAAUGCUUUGAUAUAUAUUAUGAAAUGGUUUGUGUGAGGGUGAUUUUUUCUCAUUUUUCUCACUUGGAGGGACCAUUAAGAAACAUGACCCUCGCUGCUACCACCACCACUGGGUUAAUGAGAGAGUCCUGGUGCUGUGGUCUGGCCGCCAGGUGUACCUGGCUGCUGAGCUGGACCGGGAGAGGCAGGCCGAGUACACCCUCACCCUCACCGUCACUGGCGGGAAGUGUACGGCCAACACAACAGUUACCGUGACCGUCAUCGACAGCAACGGUUGGUGACGGUAAAGUCUUGCCUGAGAUGAUGACUGAUAAUCUAUGGUAAUAGAUCAUGAAUUAACCCUUGGACGGUGGUGGAACUAUAUACAGACAGUGCAAAAUUCACUCAGUUAGUUUUGUAUGGCAGAAAUAUAACAACACUUCCAGAUUGCGGUAGAAUCUACAUAUAGACGAUACUUAAAGCAUCUCUUAUGCGGCGUAACUAUACACAGCACCCUCUCGAGUUUCGCGCUCUCCGAGUUUUGCGAUCGUCGAGUUUAGCGCUUAGUCCUAAAUUCUUACCAUCAUGACUUUCGCGCAUUACCGCCAUGAGUUUCACGCUGCUUUGACAUGUUCAGGUCACGUCUACCUACCGUUGGCGUCAUGCGUGCUGCCUUAAAAGGCGGUGUCCAACCAUUGGGGCUAUGGGCAACCGCAGUUGCUCAUAUGCCCAACCGGGAGCGAGCUGUUGGUUGUCCUUAUGAAUGGAAAAUGGUUAUGGGUACGAGCGUGGGUACCUCACGGCUGCAUGUAAACAAACAGACGACGGCAGUGGCUGAGGAGCAGUGGAAGAUGGCCCACCAAGAGACUCGUAAAAUGGACUGGCAGAGCUGCUUUGCUUACUACUUGAUUAACAAGAUAAGAGAACACCCCGUGCUGGGGAACAAGUCUUUGAAAAUUGUAGAUCUCUCAGUGAUGUUUUCCUCUUCUUCUUCUUCUUUUGACCUGUAAUGCAUGGCAGCGACGGUGAAAAGUAACAGUGGGAAAUAGCAGAAGUGCAUAGAAAACCAAAAUCAGGGAAAGAAAAGAACAGAAAAACAACAUAGUUCAGGGUGAAGUGUAUAAGUGUGCACUGUUAAGUAACUAUGGGCCGCUUUCACAGUCACUGUUUGUUUUGAUCGUUACCAAUGGCGGCGAUCAACGCUAUAAUUUUCCACGUGAAAUUGGCCUAUGGGGUAGUGGCGGCUGCAGACGAAGCGACAGGUGUUGAGAGUGUGUGGUAAGGUGCGAGGUGAGGCUAACCUUGCAGCCGCCAUGAGGUGCCGUUGUAGAGGCAAUACCUCCAACACCAUCACAUCACAUCACUACCCAUCGGCCAGUUUCACGUGGAAAUACUAGAGCAGCGAUCACCGCCAUUGGUAACGAUCAAUACAAACAAAAUGACUGUGAACGCGGCCCUCAGUGCAUGUUGUGAAGUAUAAAAGUGUGGAGAAGGAGGACCUAAGAAGCGAUACAAAGCGUUACAGGUCAAAAGAAGUAGAAGGUCCACUACACCGACUGGUGUUGCGAGAAAUAUCUCCCCGAUGAAAUUAGUCAUUCUGCCGUCCACCACGCAUGUGCGCUGUGGGAAUACACAGCACUAAAAGUGUUAAUUUGCCUGGAUUUGUUCUUUUUUAUCCGCUUGUGGUCUUUGUGAAUGAUGAGGGAAAUAUGGAAGCAGCAAGCAAGUUGAACCUCUCUGUGAGCUAUUUUGUGAUUGCGGCGGCAGUGGUUUACGUUCAGUAGGCAUUGAAAAGUCAAUCAUGAUGUUAGUGAUUUGAUGAUAUAUAACAGAAAGAGUUAGCAGAGUACACCAUAACACACAGAUAACUACCAGAAGCUUUAGGUUUGUCCAACUGUACCACGGGUGACCGCGAGCAACCACCCUUACAUUAGCAGACGACACCACGUGGAUCACAAGCGUGUAUUCAGAACUGCCAGCCAGUUGUAAGGCAGCCGCCUUCAACCGGGGCUUAAAAACAACCUGUUCUCACUUCCCAUUUUCUGCCUAUUACCAAGGUACGUAUUUUGAGAUAACAAGGGAGUCAAGUCGAAAAAAAAGUAAUUUUUUUCCACGGGCCGGAACCAAUAAGCGCUUUUUCAUGUAUUUCAAUACCUCGAGUUUCGCGAUCCUCGAGUUUAGCGCCACACCUUCGGAAUGAAGCAAGCGUGAAAGUUGAGAGGGUACUGUAGAGUUGUAGACAAUAAAUCCUAAGUACCAACUCUUCCCCACUCGCUAGCUCCAAAUUUUGUGGGCCAACUUUUUUAGCCGAAUAUAUGUUUCGAAGCAGAAUUUAGUGAGGAUUCUUAUGGUAUCCUCAAAAUCCUCAUACGCCUAUUGGUUCCCGAGUUACACUGAGAAAACUGUAUUUUUUUCCUCUCUCGUCAGAGUAAGCUAACAACUAAAAAUUGCUCCGCGCUCCUCAUCUACGCUCCUUAGAAAGGUUGCCAUAUGUUACCAUUAAGAAACUUAUCCCAACAAAUGACGCUUCCAAAUUUGACGCACUUCCACCGAAAACUUAAUUUUUAAUCAAUUGUUUAACCCGAUGGUGGUAGUAGCAGGGAUCAUGUUUCUUAAUGGUCCCUCCAAGUGAGAAAAAUGAGACAAAAUCACCCUCACACAAACCAAUUCAUAAUAUAUAUAUCAAAGCAUUUGUGAUCAGAUUAUGUAUCACCUAUUUUGGGGGGUUUAUAUCAUGGCACAAAUUUGGCCCGUCGCUGCUACACAGUAAAGCCACAAAUUUGGCCUGUCGCUGCUACACGGUAAAGCCACAAAUAUGGCCCGUCGCUGCUACACGGUAAAGCCACAAAUUUUGCCCGUCGCUGUUACACGGUAAAGCCACAAAUUUGGCCCGUUGCUGCUACACGGUAAAGCCACAAAUUUGGCCCGUCGCUGCUACACGGUAAAGCCACAAAUUUGGCCCGUCGCUGCUGCACGAUAAAGCCACAAAUUUGGCCCGUCGCUGCUACAUGGUAAAGCCACAAAUUUGGCCCGUCGCUGCUACACGGUAAAGCUACAAAUUUGGCCCGUCGCUGCUACACGGUUAAACUUUUAUGAAGCGUUUCCUGUCAUCGUGCGCCGGGAUCUUUUACCCUUGAUAGUGUGUCGUCCUGCACAAGAGGGUUGAUGUUCAUAAAUGUAAAUGCAAGUCAAGUUGUUCAAAGCAAGUGAGGCGGUGACCGUGUGUGUUUAAGAACUACCAACGUGUUUCUCAGCCUCCCAGCGCUAGAGAUGGGGCCUCUGUAUGGCAAGUCUCUGCAUGACAAGUCCAGCCAGAGGAGUUUGGGGUCCGUAUAGAGUUAUUCAUCCUGAACUCUGUAGGGACCCGAAACUUGUCGGACUGGACUUGUCAUGCUAAGGAAGGAAGAAUCAGUUACCAGAUCAGUACCACACAGUUUGACGGCAUGGUGGAGGGAAGGGCCAGGUGGGUGCGAGUGGAGGAGGAGGAGGAGGAAGAGGCGGGAUUUGGGUGACCUGAACACCUCAAGCCGUUUUUUAAAUGCUUUUUUGGGUAACUAAUUCCAUUUCUUUCCAAUUUUUUUUUCCGAUAACCCACCAGGAGGCCCCCCCCCUCCCCCCCC